AUGAUUACCCAUGAAAAGAUAAUAACAACAACAGUUGAUGGUUUAACAAUAUUUGUAUUUGAUGGUUAUUUUUUUUCUGAUGGAUCAGAAAUCAGUUCAUUGAAUGAAGAAGAAAUUCGUUUAAUUGUUCGUCGAGCUCUUGCUCUUAAUAUUUAUCAAGAUGUACGUGUAGGACAAAUUAUUCGUGAAGAAUCACCCACAGCAUAUAUGAGUCUUUCACAUGAAAUUGCUGGUUUUGGUAUAUCUGAACGUGAGGAUGCUGGAAUACUCAAUGCGUGUCAACGCCCAUUAGCUAAACAAACUAUUGAAGCAUUACAAGCAUCUCUUCCUCCGAAUGUUUCUUGUUUUCUUACAAGAAAUGCUGGUACUCCAUUAUCAUCAGAAGAUUCAAUCUGUUGGCCUGAUUUCACUUUUUUUUAG